UGACAAAGUGCUCAAUCAGAAUCCAGGAGAAGAAAGAUGGGUUCAACUCGCAGGAAUUCUGGAGGUAUACAUGAGGAGGAAGAACAUGGAGAGAGUAAGAUGCGUGGAUAUCGUCACCUUUAUGAUGAGGGAGUAGAGGUCAUAUUGGGAAAAGAAGAAAUGCUUGGCAUCGAAGAGACUGAGUUUGAAAUAUCUAUGGAGCCUAAAGAUAGCGCCAGUGUAGAUGAGAAAGAAGGAGAGCAGAUGGAAAAGGAGAAUUUCCAAACAGAGGAAGACACAGAAAACAUAGGAGAGACAGGAAGGGGGUUGGAAAGGGACAUGGGAACAGUGGAAGGAUCUGGUGUUGAAACAUUGGAAGAGUCUCUGUUGUUAUUGGAAUCGGAGCAUGGAGCAGAUGAGGAGAAGAAAGGAAUGGAAGAAGAACGUCUGAUUGAACCCACCCCUUUUGAUCAAUACAUUGAUUCAUUUGGUAUUGCAGAUCAAUUAUAUAACCAAGAGAAAGGCAACAGAUUCACUGUAGACUCUGUCAAUACAGAAACUGAGAGCAACAAUGAAGCAAGCAUGGCCCACAUAGUUGACCCAAUAGAGCCCUUCAGUGUUGGACUGGACCAAUCAGGAGACACUUUACUCAGGGAGGAAGAAGUUAGUGAUUUCACACUGCUUGUGAAUAAUUCUGAAUUGAUCAAGUGCAGCCAAAUAGCAUAUGAUUGUGCUCUUACACUGGAGUCAGAUGACACUUUCAGCACUGAUCCCAAAAUCUCUCCUAGUCAACUCAUCCAAACUCCAUGUAUGGAAAUCACUAACCCCUUUCUCAAACCAUUAUUACCGCAGAGUAUUCAGGGGAAUGAGGAAGAUAUAAACACUGACCCCAAUACCACAGGGGGACUGGACACAUCAGAGGUCAUGUUACUCAGCGAGGAGGAAAUGAGUGAUCAUGUGCCGCGUGUAAACAAAGUGAGUGUCAGUAGCCAAAUGACGUAUGAUGAUAGAACUCUCACAACAGAGCCCUGUCAAACAGAUGAGGCUUUGAGCACUGAUCCCAAUAUCUCUGCUAGUCAACUCAACCAAACUCCAUACUCGGAUGAAAGCCAUAACUCUUUUCCCAAUUCACUCUUACUGCAGAGUGUUCAGGACCAAGGUGAUAACGCAGCAAACAUCAACUCCAAUCAGAGUCCUUCUCUGAGCAGGAGGAGAAAGAUGGGGUCGACUCGUAGGCAUCCUAGAGGUGUACAAAGAGAAGAGGAGGACACAGAGGAGAAACAAGAAGUGGAAAUAGAAAGCACAGAGAUAGAAGACAAGAGAGAAAACAUGGAUCCAGUGGAAGGUUCUUGCAUGGAGUUUGAAAUGUUGAUGGAAUCUAAGGAUGGAGCUGGUAAUGAGAAGAAUGAAGGAGAAGAGAGAAAUGAGGAGACUGUCCUGACUGACCUCAGCUGUUCAUUCAGUCCUUCAAAUCAAGAGGGAAGAAACAAAGAGGCUGACAAUAUAGAAAGUGAGAGCCAAACAAUUAUAAAGGAAUCAAUGGCAACAAAACUCUUGCUUCUACGUGAAGUAGAGUUGACUCAGAUUAGUCAAACUCUUCACAACACUUACCCUGAUGUUCCUACUAUAGAGUCAUAUGACUCCUACCUGACCGUUGACACACUGAACUCAAAUCCUGCCAUCACUGGUUUGCAACACAAAGGAACAUCAUUGGAGGAAACACUUGAUGAAUCAAGAGGAAACACUGACUCCCCUCCAGAUCCACCCUCACUGCAGAGUUAUCUUGGGUCAGAGGAAACAGCAGAGGUAGAAUCCUACACUCUAGGAAGGAAAAGGAAGAUUGGUUCCACUCGCAGCAAGUCUCAUCCAGGUAGAAAAGGAGAGGAGAGAAGAGAGGAGGGACAGGAGGAGGAGAAAGGAGAAGACACAGAUGUUAUAGGAGAGGUGGGAGAUAUCAUUACAACAGCAGAAAUGGAUUCUAUUAUAGAAAAGACUGAGCUUGUAGAGCUUGAGGAACUUCUAGAAAAAGUGACAGAGGAGCAGGCGAUGGGAGACCCAGCGAUCAUAGUAGUGGAGGGAGAGGUCAACAUAGGAGUAGAAGGAGAAUCUGGCAUCGAAAGGUCUGAGCUUGUAGAACAUACAGAAAAAGUUCGAGAGGGGGAGGAGAUAGAAGUAGAAGUGAAAAUAGUCGCAGAGAGCGAGAGCCACCAAACUCCCUCUGACACAGCAGCUCUUACAGUAGAGGCCCAAGAGUCAUGUGACAUGGUUUGUAUAGAGCCAUAUAUAACAUCACAAUACCUGGAAGACAAUAAUCACUCAUUAAAUGAACUCACAGAAAUAAAUCUGUCUGAAACUGAAAACCCAUAUCUGCUGGAAUCACCUGACACUGCAAAGAAGAGAAGGAAAAGGGGUUCUACUCGUCGGAAUAAAGGUAAACAAGCAGAGACAGACUUUGGGGAGAAACAAGACACCAAAACUGGAGACACAGAAAAAUCCCUACAACUUCAGGCAUCCGUUGCAGUUGAGGAAUCCUGGUCCUACAGCAACACAGAAGAGCUCCUGGGUCCAAAGGAAAGUGAAACGGACACUGAGUGUCUUUUGUUUGCUUCUAACACACUCGACAAACCGGAUGACAGAUGGAAAGAGGAAGUUGGUGAGGAUAUUGAACCUGGUAGUGAAGCUGUAGUUAGUUAUAGCAGUGAAUUGCUUCAAGAUACUCUUGGAACCGAAUCACUCUUGCAUCUGCCUCUAGAUCUUGCGUUGCAAGUUGUUCAUGGAUUCGCUGCUGAACCCAUAACAGAGGAGUUGAAGAAAGAGGAAGAGAGGAGGCAGGAAAGUGAGCAUGCCGAGGUGGAGUCCUCCACAUUUCACAGCUCUAGGCAUUCAUUAGAUCAAUCCCUUGAGUCAGACACUUUAACCAACACAGAAGAGUUUGAGUCAUUCAAUAACACAAUAAUCCUCCAAAGUGGAGAAGGUGACGAGAAACUUGAACCUGCUGUAAAUGAGUCAGAAUUGCAAGAUUAUAUUAACUCUACUGGUCCAGGCAAUCAGGAAAAAUUGCACCAAAGAGAUGAAGAUGAGAACUUUGUUGACCUAAUAGUCGAGGAAAAUAUAGUACUGGCAAAUAUAACUCCUUUUAGACAACCAGACCAUGUAGAAAGCAUUGAACCUGAACAAAGUGAGGAUAUGACCUGCUUUUUACAAUCAACCCCCUCAGACAGCUCUUUGGGUCGUGACAAAAGUGCUCAAUCAGAAUCCAGGAGAAGAAAGAUGGGUUCAACUCGCAGGAAUUCUAGAGGUAUACAUGAAGAGGAAGAACAUGGAGAGAGUAAGAUGCGUGGAUAUCGUCACCUUUAUGAUGAGGGAGUAGAGGUCAUAUUGGGAAAAGAAGAAAUGCUUGGCAUCGAAGAGACUGAGUUUGAAAUAUCUAUGGAGCCUAAAGAUAGCGCCAGUGUAGAUGAGAAAGAAGGAGAGCAGAUGGAAAAGGAGAAUUUCCAAACAGAGGAAGACACAGAAAACAUAGGAGAGACAGGAAGGAGGUUGGAAAGGGACAUGGGAACAGUGGAAGGAUCUGGUGUUGAAACAUCGGAAGAAUCUCUGUUGUUAUUGGAACCGGAGCAUGGAGCAGAUGAGGAGAAGAAAGGAAUGGAAGAAGAACGUCUGAUUGAACCCACCCCUUUUGAUCAAUACAUCGAUUCAUUUGGUAUUGCAGAUCAAGUAUAUAACCAAGAGAAAGGCAACAGAUUCACUGUAGACUCUGUCAAUACAGAAACUGAGAGCAACAAUGAAGCAAGCAUGGCCCACAUAGUUGACCCAAUAGAGCCCUUCAGUGUUGGACUGGACCAAUCAGGAGUCACUUUACUCAGGGAGGAAGAAGUUAGUGAUUUCACACUGCUUGUGAAUAAUUCUGAAGUGAUCAAGUGCAGCCAAAUAGCAUAUGAUUGUGCUCUUACACUGGAGUCAGAUGACACUUUCAGCACUGAUCCCAAAAUCUCUCCUAGUCAACUCAUCCAAACUCCAUGUAUGGAAUUCACUAACCCCUUUCUCAAACCAUUAUUACCGCAGAGUAUUCAGGGGAAUGAGGAAGAUAUAAACACUGACCCCAAUACCACAGGGGGACUGGACACAUCAGAGGUCAUGUUACUCAGCGAGGAGGAAAUGAGUGAUCAUGUGCCGCGUGUAAACAAAGUGAGUGUCAGUAGCCAAAUGACGUAUGAUGAUAGAACUCUCACAACAGAGCCCUGCCAAACAGAUGAGGCUUUGAGCACUGAUCCCAAUAUCUCUGCUAGUCAACUCAACCAAACUCCAUACUCGGAUGAAAGCCAUAACUCUUUUCCCAAUUCACUCUUACUGCAGAGUGUUCAGGACCAAGGUGAUAACGCAGCAAACAUCAACUCCAAUCAGAGUCCUUCUCCGAGCAGGAGGAGAAAGAUGGGGUCGACUCGUAGGCAUCCUAGAGGUGUACAAAGAGAAGAGGAGGACACAGAGGAGAAACAAGAAGUGGAAAUAGAAAGCACAGAGAUAGAAGACAAGAGAGAAAACAUGGAUCCAGUGGAAGGUUCUUGCAUGGAGUUUGAAAUGUUGAUGGAAUCUAAGGAUGGAGCUGGUAAUGAGAAGAAUGAAGGAGAAGAGAGAAAUGAGGAGACUGUCCUGACUGACCUCAGCUGUUCAUUCAGUCCUUCAAAUCAAGAGGGAAGAAACAAAGAGGCUGACAAUAUAGAAAGUGAGAGCCAAACAAUUAUAAAGGAAUCAAUGGCAACAAAACUCUUGCUUCUACGUGAAGUAGAGUUGACUCAGAUUAGUCAAACUCUUCACAACACUUACCCUGAUGUUCCUACUAUAGAGUCAUAUGACUCCUACCUGACCGUUGACACACUGAACUCAAAUCCUGCCAUCACUGGUUUGCAACACAAAGGAACAUCAUUGGAGGAAACACUUGAUGAAUCAAGAGGAAACACUGACUCCCCUCCAGAUCCACCCUCACUGCAGAGUUCUCUUGGGUCAGAGGAAACAGCAGAGGUAGAAUCCUACACUCCAGGAAGGAAAAGGAAGAUUGGUUCCACUCGCAGCAAGUCUCAUCCAGGUAGAAAAGGAGAGGAGAGAAGAGAGGAGGGACAGGAGGAGGAGAAAGGAGAAGACACAGAUGUUAUAGGAGAGGUGGGAGAUGUCAUUACAACAGCAGAAAUGGAUUCUAUUAUAGAAAAGACUGAGCUUGUAGAGCUUGAGGAACUUCUAGAAAAAGUGACAGAGGAGCAGGCGAUGGGAGACCCAGCGAUCAUAGUAGUGGAGGGAGAGGUCAACAUAGUAGUAGAAGGAGAAUCUGGCAUCGAAAGGUCUGAGCUUGUAGAACAUACAGAAAAAGUUCAAGAGGGGGAGAAGAUAGAAGUAGAAGUGAAAAUAGUCGCAGAGAGCGAGAGCCACCAAACUACCUCUGACACAGCCGCUCUUACAGUAGAGGCCCAAGAGUCACGUGACAUGGUUUGUAUAGAGCCAUAUAUAACAUCACAAUACCUGGAAGACAAUAAUCCCUCAUUAAAUGACCUCACAGAAAUAAAUCUGUCUGAAACUGAAAACCCAUAUCUGCUGGAAUCACCUGACACUGCAAAGAAGAGAAGGAAAAGGGGUUCUACUCGUCGGAAUAAAGGUAAACAAGCAGAGACAGACUUUGGGGAGAAACAAGACGCCAAAACUGGAGACACAGAAAAAUCCCUACAACUUCAGGCAUCCAUUGCAGUUGUGGAAUCCUGGUCCUACAGCAACACAGAAGAGCUCCUGGGUCCAACGGAAAGUGAAACGGACACGGAAAUAGAAAGCACAGAGAUAGAAGACAAGAGAGAAAACAUGGAUUCAGUGGAAGGUUCUUGCAUGGAGUUUGAAAUGUUGAUGGAAUCUAAGGAUGGAGCUGGUAAUGAGAAGAAUGAAGGAGAAGAGAGAAAUGAGGAGACUGUCCUGACUGACCUCAGCUGUUCAUUCAGUCCUUCAAAUCAAGAGGGAAGAAACAUAGAGGCUGACAAUAUAGAAAGUGAGAGCCAAUCAAUUAUAAAUCAUUCAAUGACAGCAAAACUCUUGCUUCUACGUCAAUCAGAUUUCUCUGAGAUUAGGGAAACUCUUCACAACCCUAAUGUUCCUAAUCUUGAGUCCCACCUGACUGAUGACACACUGAAUUCAACAGAAAACGUUAGAGAGGUGGAGGAGAUAGAAGUUGAAGUGAAUGCAGUCAUGGAGAGCGAGAGCAGCCAAACUGACACAGCUGUUCUUACAGUAGAGGCCCAAGAGUCAGGUGACAUGGUUUGUAUAGACCCUCACAUCUCUGCUAUUCAACUUACCCAAACGGCAGACAUGGAGCAAUGUCUGUUAACACAAUGUAAUAGCCCCAGUCUUCCUUCGAAAUCAUCUCUGUCUCUGAGUUUCCAAUCUCACGAGGAUGCUACAGGGAAGAGAAGAAAGAUGGGCUUUACCCAUCAGACACAGGGAGGACUCCACGCAGAGGAUGAGAAGCAGGAGACAGGAGAAAAUAUAACAGAGGCAGAGGUCAGAUCGGAAACCAUUGGAAAUCCAGAGGUCAAUGCUGUUUUGGAAAGAUUUCAAGAGGAGCGCAGAGCUGAAGCUGUCAGUCUGGAGGACCAACAGGAGAUACAGAGCACAGAGAAGGAGACAAUACUCAUAGAGGUGGUUGCCUCAAGCACGGUUUUGAGUGGAAAAGGGUCUGAACCAGUGGCUCCAGCUCCAGAGCCAGGCCCUGGGAAUAAAAGAGGUCAAGAAAAGGCAGAGCGUGUGGAGAAGCCACCGGGUACCUUCGGAAGCUCUGGCUCUAGUUCAAACCUCUACAACGUGGUGAUGGUUGGAAACAGCAGUGUGGGCAAAACCUCCUUCAUGAGGCGUUUCCAAAGUGGAGAGUUCUGUCUGCACCACGAUGCAACCAUUGGUAUUGAUACCUGUAUACAGUCUGUGACAGUGGAUGGCAGCCCAGUGACUCUACAGUUAUGGGAUACUGCAGGUCAGGAAAGAUUCCACAGCAUCACCAGACAAGUGUUCCACAAAGCCCAGGGUCUAAUGCUGAUGUAUGACAUCACUUCCUCUCAGAGCUUCUGUGACAUCUGCUACUGGGUCAAUUGCAUUCAGGAGGGGGCUCCAGAUGAUGUCAUCGUUGUACUCCUUGGGAACAAGACUGAUUGUGCUGAACUAGAUCGAGAGGUUCAGACUCAUGAAGGGGAGAACCUUGCAAAGGGGUACAACAUGCUCUUUAUGGAGUGUAGUGCUGCAACAGGUGACAAUGUGACUCUGUCUAUGGAAACUCUGGCAAGGAUGUUAAAGCAGCUGGGUGAGCAGACAAGACAAGAAGAGGGAAGCUUGGUGUUGCAGAAAGAACCGCCAAUGAAGAAAUCAGGCUGCUGCUGAUCAAGGUGGAGAAGAUUGGUACAUGUCAUAAUCUGCAGCACAUACACGGACGCACGUACGCACCCACGUAUGCACACACACAUGCAUUUGUGCCCUAUAGCCCCUUAUGAUAGUAUUUUAUUUCUAAAAUGUUCUAUAUGUAAUAUAGCAGAUGUAAAUGUUAAAAACAUUUGUCAGUGCAUACAAAGCAUAUACUCUAGUGGUAGUAAUGUAACGCUUGAGAUGAUUCUCCCUUUUCUACUUCUUUCAAACAAUGUUUGUGGGGGAAAAAAUAUAUUUAUUAGAUUAUGAAGAGAUAUAUAUUCAUAGCAACACUAUUUAUUUGCAGUAGAUAGUGUCAUAUUACAAUUUAUUGUUGGGUUUCUUUUUGCUUGAAAACAUCCACCUAUGCAGUUUAUACAAGCCUAAUAAAUACAUAAUACAUUCAA